GUAACUAGACUGAGGUGCCGCCCAUGCUGUUUGGUCUGAUGGAUGUUUACGCGCGCUAGCGGUCUCGACGAAUUGGUUGGACAUACUGUGUGGCUCAGCCGCACUCGUUGUCGUGUCGGUUUCGACCCUCACGCGGCGACAGCUGCCUGUCUGGCUACCUGUCACCGCCUCUUCGUGGCCUUCGCCACCGGUCGUUUGUGCUCGACCCUGCUUCCUUUCGCUGUGCGACUGGGGGUGGGUCUCGGGUACAAAACGACCGUCCCACCUCGGGGGAGAGGUCAACUUCUCUUGUCCUGUAUGACAAAGUUACCACCUCUUGGUACACCAUCGGUUCAUCUGCGAUGAACCUGUGCCCGUCGGCACUGUGGCUGCGUCUUCGCGCCACGCUGCACCUCACGCAGCGCUGCACCUCACGCAGCACCGUCGCGUCGUUGCGACAAUGUGUCCCUCACGACACGCGUUGGUGGUGCGAAAGCACCCCUUCGCACCCAGUGCUUGCCUCUGCAGCACGCUUUCUUACGCUGCCAGCUCCCCGUGUGGGACCGUGCAGCGUGCGGUUGGACACCGCAGGCCGUGUGUUAUGCUCCUCCGGUGCGCAGGCAAGAUAACCUGCGCACGCGUCGGUGUCGGCA